ACAGGGGUCAAGGGGUCACCAGCAACCAGAGAAGAGCGCAUUUCAAGGGGAAUAAUCUUCAAAGAAAUAUCAACCCAAACAGAAUUCCCAGAUAGGUUUGCCAACAAAACCUUAUCAAUGUAUCCAUGUCCCUUCUACUCGCCUCAAAACAAUCAUGGGAGCCGAUCACUGUACAGCAGUGAUUCGGAGUUGGACUCUGACAGUGGCUACAGUAGUCCGCUACACAAAAGAAGUCAGGUAUCCAGUGUGGGCACACAGCCAGCGGAAUUUAUCCAAACUAUGUUCUUCACUCCAAAUUCUGCGGACUCAGAACAUUGUAUAUCAAAUUCUAACCAAUCAGGACAAAGACAGUAUGUAUCCAAAUCUACUCCAUCAGGGAAUAGCAUAUCAAAUAGUGGCCAAUCAGGGCAGAAUACAUUGAAUUCACUCCGACCAGGACAGACACAAAGCAUUCAAAAUUCUGUCCAAUCAGAGCAGAGUAAUGCAGUGACUCCUGCUGCUGUCUCGCAGCAAAAAAUGAGCUAUGCCAUGAUUGCUCAAAAAGUGCCUAGUCCAAAACCUAGUGUUCAACCACAAAACACACAAAGUGCAAAUGUCUGUGAUAUAUCAAGUAACUGUGAACGUUCCAGGACUGUCUCAGGGGAAAUAACUCCAAGUGCCAAGAAAUCAGUGACUAGUACAUAUAGUUCAAAAUCUGUUGAAAAAGCUGAUGAGAGUAAAAAUAGAGAAAAUGUUGGGGAAAGUGAAGCAUUGCCUGGUGAAAAGAAAAAGAGAAAAAGAAAUAGGAAACGAACGAAGAAAAUGAUAAAUGAUGAUUCCAAUAUUUCACAUGCAGUUGAGGAUGUUGAGUUACAUUUUGAAGAUGAGGAAGAAUUCCCGGAUUUGUUGGGAAGUGUUCAAACUCGCUCACCUUCAAGAGAGCGAACUUCAUCUCUGGGAAGGGAAAAGACUUUGUCAUCAAGAGAGACAACUCUUUCCAGGGAACAAAAUCAUUUUAUUGAUAGUGACAGCAUGGCUUUAGAUAACAUACAAAAAAGUGAUAGGACAGCUCAUGUGUUACACCCUAGUGGUGGAAAUAUGAGCAAUUUAAGGGAGACAACUAUCAACAAAUCAAUGGAAUAUUCAAGUUCUAGUCCCGUUGCUAUGACAACUACCAGCAGUAUGUCUGGCCCACCUUCUUAUAGCUCUAUUCUCAAAGCUAAAAAACAUGUUGUGACAUUUGAUGAAACACAGCUUCAACAGAAUGAAAGACUAUUGAAAGAGAGUAAAGCAAGGGAGGUAACUGAAUCAGCAGAGUCACGAGUAAGCAGAAAACGUCGGAAACGUCGGGAGAUGAUGAACCAAGCAGCCGAGGAGGAACUUGCCGAGAUCGGACUCGAACAGGACAUGUUACGGGAGCUCAACCUCAAACCUGCCGCAGCUAAAAAAACUGGCUCAGAAGGGGGCCCAAAAGGGGACAACAAGUGCUAA